AUGCGUUACUCAUUCAUUGCCCUUGCCUUUGCCGCGACCACUCUGGCACUUCCCACACCCACACCUGCUCCCAAGCCCAACGACGAUGGCACCUGGGCACCUGGAAAGUUUGAAGGCGGAGAAACCGGCCAUGACAACGGCCAGUGGUAUCCCGGAAAGUACCCCGGAAAGCGCAACGACGAUGGCUCCUGGGCCCCCGGCAAGUACGAAGGAGGUCAGACUGGCCAUGACGACGGUCAAUGGAACCCAGAGAAAUAUCCUUCCAAGAGGAACGAUGAUGGAUCUUGGGCACCUAACAAAUAUGAGGGUGGCCAGACUGGCCACGAUGAUGGCAAAUGGAACCCAGAUAAAUAUCCUUCCAAGAGGAACGAUGAUGGGUCCUGGGCGCCUGGCAAAUACGAAGGAGGCGAAACUGGCCAUGAUGAUGGCAAGUGGAAUCCCGAUAAAUACCCCAAGCGCAACGACGACGGAUCUUGGGCUCCUGGAAAGUAUGAGGGAGGCCAAACUGGCCAUGAUGACGGGCAGUGGAAUCCCGACAAGUACCCAAAGCGCAAUGAUGAUGGCUCCUGGGCUCCUGGAAAAUAUGAAGGUGGACAGACGGGCCACGACGAUGGCCAGUGGAAUCCUGAUAAAUAUCCUAAGCGCAAUGAUGAUGGCUCUUGGGCUCCUGGAAAAUAUGAAGGGGGUGAAACUGGCCAUGACGACGGCAAAUGGAAUCCCGACAAGUAUCCUAAGCGCAACGACGAUGGAUCUUGGGCUCCGGGCAAGUACGAGGGCGGGGAUACCUGCUUUGACGAUGGAAAAUGGAACCCAGAGCAGCAGAACAACUAA